CAUUCGACAUUAAUUUCUAUGUCAAAUGUAUUACACUAUAAAAUGGCAACAAUCUUAAAUAUGUUUAAAGAAAUUGUUGUGUCGGACCUUCAUCUCUCGUGAGGCUUCCCAAUGUCGAAGCUGAGGCUACAUGGUAAGGUCGCGAUCAUCACAGGAGCAGCAAGUGGCAUAGGAGAGGCGACAGCAAGGCUAUUUGUGAAGCAUGGAGCAUUUGUUGUCAUAGGAGACAUCCAAGAUGAAUUGGGGCAAAAAGUAGUUUCUUCGAUCAACUCUGACAAAAUUAUGUACAAGCAUUGUGAUAUCAGCGACGAAAAUCAGGUUCAAGAAUUGAUAUCUGACACCGUAAAAAAAUAUGGUAGCCUGGAUAUAAUGUACAGUAAUGCAGGGAUCAUGGGAUCAAGUACUAAUGUGCUGGAAAUGGAUAUGGCGAGUUUUGACAAAAGCAUUGCCAUUAAUUUGCGCGGAUCAGUCCUGUCAGUCAAGUAUGCAGGGCGCGCGAUGGUGGAAAAUAAAAUCAGGGGCUCAAUUAUCUGCACAGGAAGUGUGUCAGCCACUGCUGGUGCAAAUGGUCCAUUUGGUUACACAGUCUGCAAGCAUGCAAUACUAGGCAUUGUCCGCGCAGCUGCUAGUGAGCUCGGGAAGCAUGGCAUAAGGGUGAAUUGUGUUUCGCCAUCCGGUGUGGCCACGCCUCUGUCAUGUGGCACUUACAAUAGUUCUGCUAGUGAGGUUGAAAUGAUUAGUGCCGCGGUAUCAGGGCUAAAAGGAAUAAAUUUGAAGACGGAAAAUGUGGCUGAGGCCGCGUUGUUUCUGGCUUCGGAUGAAUCUGUUUAUGUGAAUGGACACAAUUUGGCUGUUGAUGGGGGUGUUUCUGUGAUGAACACUGGUCUGGCAAUGAUGCAGGAUAGCUUUAUGAAGUAAUCAAGCAAAUUUUGAUCCUGAUACUGGGCAUUGAACUCAUGCUCAUGACACUAGUGAUGUUUUUCAUUAAUAAUACUUUUCCAUUCGGCCUAAUCUAAUGUAAGCGGCAUAUUGAACCCGAAUUUUAAUAUAUUAUAUAUAAUUUAUGGAUUUUAAUA